AUGAAACCAACUGAAAAGACAGAUGAUGAUGAAUCGAAAUGUUCAAUGCAAACAAAACAACUUCGUAUUAAUAAUAUUAAUCGUGUUUAUGAUUAUUGUCUUAAUAAUGUAAUUUGUCGACGAACACAACUUUUAGAAUAUUUUGGUGAAUUAUUUCCAUCAUCUGAAUGUAAACGUAUAAUGUCAACUGAAUGUGAUAAUUGUCGACAAGUAUAUAAAACAUCAUCUAUUGAUUGUACACGAAUAUCAAUUGAAAUUUUAAAAUUAGUUUCAAAUUUAAAUCAAACAAAUUUAACAUUACCUUAUAUUAUUGAUAUUUUACGUGGAGUUAAUAAUAAAACAAUUCGAGAUGCUGGUCAUCAUCGUUUACAUGCAUUUAAUUCAUGUCAUCAAUUAACUCGACUUGAUCUCGAACGACUUAUUUCUCGUCUUAUAAUUGAUGGUUAUCUCAAACAAGAAUUUAUUGAUCAACAACCAUCUUCGAUCACAGCUUAUCUACGUCCGGGUAUUAAUGCUGUUCAAUUAACUUCUUCAAAUUCACAACGAUCUGGAAAUACGACAAAAAUUCAAAUUGAAUUAAUAAUUCGAAUUGAACAAGUGAAUAAUAAUAAUAAUAAUAAUAAUAAUAAUACAGAUGAAGAAAGAUCAAAUUCAAAACAAAAAUCAAUUGAACAAAUUAAUGAACAAUGUUUUAUUGAAUUAAAAAAAGAAUUGAAAAUUAUUUUUGGUACUUCUUCUUAUUCAAAUGUCAUUGCAGAACAAACAAUUAAAGAAUUAGUUAAAUUAAUGCCUCGAUCAAAAGAGAAAAUGAUUAAAAAUGUACAUGGAAUAACCGAAGAAUUAUAUAAACAACAUGAUUUUAAUCGUUUAUUACGUAUUUUACAACGUUUUGGAAGUCAACGUGAUGAAAUUAAACGAAAAGAUUCAAUACAAAAUUCAUCAGAUAGUGAACAUGAAAUAGAUUUUUCUUUAGAUUUUACUGAUCGAUCAAUAUAUGGCAAAAAACGACCAAUGGCAUCUGUUAUAACAACGACAAUUACAAAACGAAAAAGAGGACAUGGUAGUAGUUUUUAA